AUGUUCACCAAGGUCUUCACCACUUUGCUCGCCAUCUCGGCCUCUGCUUUGGCCUACACCACCCCAACUGCAUUCAAUGAGACCUCGAACCCGAUCAAGACUCCUGGCUCUAGCAGCGUCGUCCCAGUCGGACAGCCAUUCGAUAUCACAUGGGUUCCAACUGAGGCUGGAACCGUCACCAUCCUCCUCCUCCGAGGACCCUCGAAGAAUAUCCUUCCGCUCUACCCCAUUGUCGAGCAGAUUCCAAACAGUGGUUCCUACAAGUGGACUCCAAAGGUUGAUCUAGAGCCUGAUACCACCCACUACGGUAUCCAGAUCAUCAUUGAUGCCAAUGGUCAAUUCCAAUACUCCACCCAGUUCGGUGUCUCCAACCCCAACUACGAGCCACCAACCUCCUCUUCUGCCGUCUCUUCUUCCGCUGCUGCCACCACCUCUGCUGCUCCAACCACCACUGAUUCUUAUGGACCUGAGGAGACCACCACAAGCUACGAGACUGUCUACACCACAACCAAGUCAUCUGUCACCUCUUUCAUCACUGUGACUACCUCCUCCGCCCCAUACGAAGAGCCCAGCACCACCUCCACAUAUGUUGCCCCAACCGUGACCUACGUCCCACCAUCAAGCAACGGAACUACCUCUUAUGUCCCAACUGGCACUAGCAAGCCAGCAAUCAGCUCUGCCCUCCCACCUGUCCCAUCGCAGACCGGUGCUGCUUCCUCCGUCAAGGUUGCCAGCGGUCUCCUAUUGGGUGUCGCCGGUGUUGCCGCCAUGCUUUUGUAA